AUGAGCUCUCUAACCAGGACGCCCCGAUUAUCCACGCGUGGUGGUAGGGCAUUGGUCGCGCUCAUCGGCUGGAGCAAUGCGGCCUUGCGGAGUUGCAAGCCCUACUCCCAAUGCAGAUACAGCUCGACCGGAGCAAGCCCCUCUCCGCGCAGCGUCAGUAUAGAUGGCAAGUCGUAUGAUACAGAUGAGUGGCAUAACCUCACGCCGAACAUCAUCUCGUCGGCCUCGCGGCGCCUGCAUAUCCAAAAAGACCACCCCAUCUCCAUAACUCGAACUAUCAUCGAAUCCAAAUUCCCCGCCCCGACCUAUCGAUACCAUAACACCUUCUUCCCCGUCGUCUCUACAUACCAAAACUUUGAUUCUCUGGGAUUCCCAGCAGAUCAUCCCGGACGGAGUAAGACGGACACUUACUAUGUCAACAAAGACACCGUUCUACGAACCCACACCAGUGCGCAUCAAGCCGACGUAUUCCGGAGGAACGAGAGCGAAGGCUUCCUCAUCAGCGCGGAUGUCUACCGUCGAGAUGCAAUUGACCGAAGCCAUUACCCCAUAUUUCAUCAGAUGGAGGGAGCGCGAAUGUGGGAUCGAGAGAAGGUGCCCAAUGGGGAUAUAGCCGCAGCUGUUUGGAAAGAUCUGGAAAGCCUCCCUACACAUACGAUGACGGUUGAAGAUCCAAACCCGCCCACCCAUCCAGAACGGAACCCUCUGCAAGAUGAACACUCUGCGGCGGAGGCAGAAGCGAUUGCAGCACAUCUCAAGCGGUCUCUGGAACUGGUCGUCGCAGAGAUAUUCUCCCGCGCGAAGACUGCGGCGAUCGCCGCCAACCCGGAUUUCGUGGAUGAGCAACUUAAGGUCAGAUGGGUCGAGGCGUAUUUCCCAUUUACCAGCCCAUCCUGGGAGCUGGAGAUCUUCUGGCAGGGAGAUUGGCUGGAGGUUCUUGGGUGUGGUGUGGUGAAGCAGGAUAUCCUCACGAAGGCUGGUGUGCCAUCACAACUGGGAUGGGCCUUUGGAGUAGGCUUGGAACGUAUUGCAAUGCUUCUCUUUGAGAUCCCUGACAUCCGUCUCUUCUGGUCACAGGACGAGAGAUUCCUGAGCCAGUUCAAAGGACUUUCAGAUAACCUGAAUAACCUGAAACGAUUCGUGCCCUUCUCGAAGUACCCGGCCUGUUACAAGGAUGUCGCGUUUUGGCUUCGCUCAUCGUCAUCGUCAGCUGGGGGUGGUGGGAGGGCCAAUGCGCAAGACUUCCACGAGAACGAUGUUAUGGAGAUUGUUCGGGAUAUCGGAGGCGAUGUGGUCGAGGACGUGACUAAGGUGGACGAAUUCACGCAUCCCAAAACGGGGCGGAAAAGCCUCUGCUACCGAAUCAACUAUCGAAGUCUGGAGCGGACCCUGACGAACGAGGAAGCGAACGUGUUCCACGAACGGGUGAGGAACGCCCUGGUGGAGAAGCUGGGGGUCGAACUACGAUGAGAAGAACCGAGGAAGAUGGGAGAUUGUUGGGAUUGAGCCUCGAAUCUGUACUAUACGUGUGUAUAUUUCAUGUCUCGACCAGGCAUUUACUUGUACAAUACAAUACCCCGCGAGCCAUACCACCAUAUCCUCAGCUCAUGCAUCCGUCACAUCUCUUUCUUUCAAAGAGUCCCAAAGCCUCUUCCUGUGCAUCUCGUAGACGGCUCAAGAGAGGCUAAUGCGCACGCCAAGCAAGCCUGAGACAUGUGUUUCUUUACUCCGUAGAUGAGGAUACGAGGGGACCUGUUCCAGCCCUCCAGCUCCGGUCUGUAGCUCGGCAGCGGGGCGUCACACGGGCGAGCGGCGGGGUACGGGGGGAUGGAGGGAUGGAGGGAUGGAGGGAGGGGCAGCAAGGCGGGAGACGGAUAAGAGGAGGAGGGGCGAUAAUCGGCAGGGAGCAGUCAGGUAAGGUGUAAUUG